AUGAUAAGCAUAGGCUUACUUGUUGUAUUUGCUUGUUUUACACAAAACAUUUAUGCUAAUCAACCUGUUACUGUAACCACAAAAUAUGGUGAUAUACUUGGAUAUCAAACUGAUGUAGCUCGUGUAUUUUAUGGAAUUCCAUUUGCUCAACCACCUGUUAACAGCUCACGAUGGCAACCACCUGCGCCAGUACAAAAAUGGUCUCCAAAUGUAAUAAAUGCUACAGUACCAGCACCUGCUUGUCCACAACCCGAAUGUAAACUUCCACCUAUUUUGUGUCCAGCUAGAACUUCAGAAGAUUGUCUUUACUUAAAUGUUUUUACACCAAUAAAAACAAAUUCAACACCUUUACCCGUUAUGAUUUUUAUUACUGGUGGAAAUUUUCAAUUUCUUGAUGCUUCAGCACCAAUCUAUGAAUCAGAACGUUUCGUAAAUACAACAAAUACUGUUCUUGUAUUUAUUCAAUAUCGACUUGGUAUUCUUGGUUUUUUGGCAACUGGUACAGGUCCAAAUGAUAUUAAAGGUAAUUAUGGUAUACUUGAUCAACGUCUAGCUAUUGCUUGGGUUAAAGCAAAUAUUGGCGUAUUUGGUGGAGAUCCAGAUGAGAUCACAUUAUUUGGUCAAAGUGCUGGUGGUCAAUCAACUGCAUUACAUUAUGUUUCAAGUGAUAUGCAAACAUUUUUUAAACGAGCAAUUAUUCAAAGUGCACCAAUAACAAUUCCUUUUAGAACUUAUCUAGAAUAUGUAACACCAAGUGUUCUUCUUGCAGAACAACUUCAUUGUGCUGUUGGUGAUGUUGCAUGUUUUCGUCGUGCAUCCUAUCAAGAUAUUAUUCUUGCUCAAACUGUUAUUAAUAAUAUGCUUACUUCACUUAAACUUUUACUUUUCUUUGAACCAUGGGUACCUGUCAUUGAUAAUAAUGUUGUACAUGGUCAACUUCUUGAUGUUGUGAAAAAUACAUCAUUUCCUCUUAAAGAACUUAUUAUUGGUACAUUAACCGAAGAAGCUGUAUUUUUUAUUUAUGAAGGAUGGACAAAACCAGUUACACCAGCCACCUAUGGAGAGGUUAUUUUAGCUACAUUUUUAGAAGAUGCUCUUAAAGUUAUCGAACAUUUUCCACCUGAUAGUAUAUCUGAUUUACGACCAUUAUUAUCUCGUAUUGCUACCGAAUGGGUAUUUGCUUGUUCAACUCGUGUUUUUGCUCGUAAAGCUGCUUCUUAUUCGUAUGUAUUUGGUUAUCCACUUGAUUUUGAUGGUUGGGGUAAUGAAACAUUUUGUAAUGGACAUGUUUGUCAUGGUGGUGAGUUACCAUUUGUAUUUGAAUCAGCUUGGGUCAAUUUUACUGAUGCUGGACGACGUGUUUCUGAAAGUAUAGCAACAUAUUUUACUAAUUUUGCUACAAGUCAAGAUCCAAAUGAACCAAUGCGUGUAGCAACUCCAUGGCCAAGAAUGUCAAGUGGAAAUGAGAAAUAUAUGUAUUUUAAGGAUCCAUUGGAAGUACGAGAAAACUAUUUGAAAGAUGAUUGUGAUUUUUGGGAUAAAAUUGGUUAUGGAAAAAGUUUUUUUAAUAUUCAUAAAUAA